GACCGCCCUACUCUAAGUAGGAAGAAUUACCGAGCAAACGGUAGUCGUUUGAAGCGAGUUCAUGACGUAGAUCCUAGACAGUGCAUUGGGAGAGCAGCAAGAUCAUCAUGUUUUUGGCCCCGUCCCUAAUUGUUUGCCUCUUCCCCGCACCAACCAUCCUCCCAUUGGCGCACUCGUGCAUGCAAUGCAGUGCCAGCUAUAGCAUCCUUCUCUGUUGCUUAUCACGCCCCUCUGUUCCUUAUCAUGCGUUCAAUCGAGGCGCUUUUUCUUUCUUUCGUCAAUCCUCCACUGCUCUUCGUCGCACCUUAAAGAUCACAAUGAGCUCUUUCUAUGGGUCCAUAGAAACGAUUGGCCUUUCGAGUCUCCUUACCCGCGGGUACUCCUUCACACCUCUAGACCUGCCUCCGCUCACCACACUAUUCACCGCUCCAACAGGCUGCUCAAACUUGUGGUACCAGACCGACACCAAAGCCGCGAAUCUGCUUAGCGGGUGGCAAGAAGUGGAGUCCGAGCACGCAUAUCUCGCAUGUCAAGCCAAAUCCGUAAACCCGACCUACAGCCCCGGCAUGUGUCCUGAGGGCCAAACGAUUGUCAGAAUGACCGAGUGGAUGUCGCCAGCAGCGCCGCAGCAGAACACGAGCGUUCCUGCGAGACUAUGGCAGGCGGUGUGUUGCCAAAGUGGCUUUACCAUAGGCUUUACAGAGGUUCUCGCCGUGGACACCACAGUUGUCAACGCCCCCUUCUUUUCCUCAUACUGGGGCUGCGAGGGCGACUUCACCACGCCUUUCUCCGCGUAUGCUCCCGGCUACCUGGCUUGGAAGACUGUAGGGAGUAGCGAGGUUCAAACCACCGUCCGAGUGUAA